GUUGCGCGCUCUCUCCCUCUCUCUCUCUCUCUUCUUGCUGUCGCCCUAUUCGUGCGCGCGCGUUCGCUCGCCUUCUUCGCGCUUGCGCUCUAAGCUUCCACUCCGGCCGGGAAGUUUCGUGAAGGUUCCCGAAGGCGCCGGUCGGUUCGGCUUUUUCCGGGGACGCUGACCGCGCUUCCUUCCUGUCAAGAAGCGGCUCUCUUGGGCCGGCUCGCCUCACUCGUCCUCGGUGUCGUUCGGCGGGCAGUGGGGCGGCGAGCGCCACGGCUUCUCCUUCCCUCCGUCCCUUCGGCCAUGGCUCAGCUCUGCUACAACCGGGGAUGUGGGCAGCGCUUCGACCCCGAGGGCAACACGGACGUGUCAUGCACGUAUCACCCAGGAGUACCAGUCUUUCAUGAUGCUCUUAAAGGCUGGUCGUGUUGCAAGAGGAGAACCACUGACUUCUCUGAUUUCUUAAGCAUUGUGGGUUGUACGAAGGGCUUCCAUAACAGCGAGAAGCCACCCGAGCCAGUCAAGCCUGAAGUCAAAACUACCUCAGAGCGAAAAGAGCUAGCCGACUUGAAACCUAAAUUUGAAGAACACAUCAUUCAGGCACCAAAGCCAGUGGAAGCGAUUCGGAGGCCCAGCCCAGAUGAGCCGAUGACUUACUUGCCGCUGAAAGUAUCCGCUUCCUUGAAGCAGGCAUUGGACAAGCUCAAACUGUCAUCAGAGAACGAAAUUAAAAAAGAAGAGGAUAGCGAUGAAAUAAAGGUUGGGACUUCGUGUAAAAAUGGGGGCUGCACAAAGACAUUUGAAGGACCAGACAGCAUGGAAGAAGAAUGCACAUACCACUCAGGUGUGCCUAUAUUCCACGAAGGGAUGAAAUACUGGAGUUGCUGCAAGAGGAAAACAUCAGACUUCAAUACCUUCUUGGCUCAAGAGGGCUGUACGACAGGAACACACGUGUGGAUUAAGAAGGAUGUUGGGAAAAAGAUGAUUCCAUGCAGGCACGAUUGGCAUCAGACUGGAGGCGAAGUGACCAUUUCAAUAUAUGCCAAGAACUCUGUUCCUGAACUCAGCCGCGUAGAAGCAAACAGCACGAUGUUAAAUAUCCACAUUGUGUUUGAAGGCGAUAAGGAGUUUAAUCAGAAUCUGAGUUUAUGGGGGGUGAUCGAUGUGAAAAGGAGUUAUGUAACGAUGACGGCUACGAAGAUCGAGCUCAUUAUGAGGAAAGCCGAGCCCAUGUUAUGGGCAGGCUUGGAACUCCCAGCAUCCAAACUUCAACAGAAACAGCAGCAGGACAUCGCGGAACAAGCUUGAAGCCCAAAAGAGGCCAGCCAAUUUCUCAUAACAAAGUGGUGACUCGCAGUUGUAGUAUGAUUUUUGUAUGCAACCAAUUUUCUUUUAAAAAAAAGAAAAGAAAAAAAAAGAAAAAACCAUUACAAACCUUGCAUUCCAUCUCCAGCGCAGCGCUAGGCUUUCCGAGACACGGUGGUUUUAUUUCCUCAGCUUGAACUUCAACCACGCGGUUGAGGUUGAGGCUGAUGGCAACGCUGGUGAAUCCGUUUGUUGCAAAGGAAGCUUCUGGGUGUUAUGCAGAAAUUGUGAGAAAUCCCACGGAGGUGGCCUUAUGAGCGGCUCACUCCUGCUUUGAGCGGAGUUUUCCUCUCAUGUCUCAUUUUCCCCAAAACCUUCUUUUUAAAAGUAGCAUAAGGGUUAGUUUUUCUGGAUGUAGAAAGCCUGUGUCCGGGUUGUACCACUGCAGAAAGGGAUCCACCGGCUCCCCUCCUCCCACACGCGCACACGGGAAAUGAGAUGUUGGAGAGAAAGUAUUCUCUAGCUUUCAAUGUAGAAAAGUUUUAUUUUGGUGUGGCAGAGCUUUCGGUCACGUGAGUCCUUAUCUACCGCCUGAAGCAGUUUGGCCUUAGUUGCAGAGGUUCAAGCAAGGGAACCCUGUGUGUUUGCUUUUUAGCUGCGGAGGUGGCAUGUGCCCUAGUCGCGUGAGCACAGACACCCAGCAGCCAGAGAGUCCUGCCUGUGCAUAGGAGAUCCUGAUGACUGAAACGACAGCCUCUGAGAUAAUUCUCUUUUGCCCUUGUUGGGACCUGCGAACAAGAGAAGUCUGGAGUUUCUGCUGUGAAGGAAUUUGCAGUAAUCUAGUUGAUUUUAAGUAGCAUCUUUCUCCAAACAGCUGGACUCCAGAGCUGCCCAGUCAUUCCAUCCCAUCUGGUCUUGGGUUCUUCCUGUCCAGGCCUGAUCAGAUGCAAUGAGCACUCAGUCAUCAUCUUAAAUGACAAACAGCGCACAUCAGAUGUCGUUCUGAUAUAGACCACAGCCUCCUGAGAGAAUCUUUCCUGAGCCCUCUCGAAGUGGCUAAGGAUCAAUGGGGGAGCGCUGUAAUUUGUAGGGCUGGCAAACACCACUCUGCUGGUUUUUGGAGCGGGCACUGCUCAUUUAAUAACAGUGCAAGCAGUACCUUUCUGACGCAAUCGGUUAGCCGGUGCCUGGAAAUGACUUUCCUUUUUUGUGAAAAGGUAUAACAAGCUCUGAAACGUAGGUGAAGAAGGGAGCAGCCUCUGCUGAGUAAGCAAAAACUGGGAUUAAAGGUAAUUUCUCAGAAUGAGGGCUUUGGAGACUGCAAACGUCUUCUGUGAUUGAGCCGUCUGUUCUUAUUAGUGCUCAUCCAGUGGAUCUUGGGUUUUGGUGUUUAGGGACACAGGUUCCUUUUUGGGGCUGCUGCAGUUUUAUCCCUGCCUGCCCAUGCAAUGCAGCAGUGUGGAUUUCCAGAGGUGGCAGAACGAGCUGCGAAGGCGUCAUUUCUUUUUAUUGCUUUGCUUGCGAGAAGUCUGCCAAAAAAAACAAACCAGAGGACUAGGGCACAACUCCCUCCCGGGCAUGUUUUUCUAGAUUCCCCCUCGCAAAGAAUGAUUAACAUAGAUGAACUCAGGGGGAAAAAAAAUGUGACCCCUUCCUUGUAAAUUGAGGCCGUGUGAUCUGGCCUUCUGACUCUGCAUCCAGCCACUUUAUUGCUCCUGUAUUCUGUUUUUACGUGUAGCCCUGCUCUUCAUUCCUUUGCCGAAGCUUUGCCCGGUUACUGCCUCUCAGCAGCUCCUACCUGCCGUGCUGAAGCAGGAAGGAGCCAGCCAGGUUUUUGCUUUUCCUUCCUGUGGCACGGCAUUGGUCAGAGAGGCCUGGAGCAGUAGCUGGGGUUAGCGGUUACUUUGAGUCUGAACGGAAAGGGCUGCUUCAUCCCAAACGUUGUCACGGAUGGGAGGGAAAUGCCCUGCCCUCUAUGGAAGCAUUUCGGUUUGCUUGUUGUAAAUCGUUGGAAAGUUCCCUGUGGAGAGUUGGCAGGUUAAGUGCGUUCCCCUUGUCGUAGCUCAGCAUAGAUUUUUUUUUUUUUCCAAUUGUUGCUCGUUCCUUGCUAGUUCUUAAGCGGUCACCUUCAGUAGGCAGCUGAAAUUCUGGCCAUCCAAAUUCUCCUAGAGAGUUAACGGAAAAUAAUUAUUCUGGGCCAUAUGAAAGCCUUCCCCUAGAAUUGCUUUUGGUUCUGUUCGGAAUUUUAGGAGUGUGACUUGAAUACAAAUGCAGCAGCAGGCUUCUUUUACCAUUUUCCGAAAAUCCUCGCUCGUUUUGGUAUGAAUUGCAAAGAGACACUCUCCAGCCACGUAAGAACCAAGCACUGUGCAUCGCAGUGGUUUCCUUCGUUAUUUGUUAGCUGCUUUUUAGUAGAAUUGGGUGCUGCAACGCCAACGCCUGGUUCUCUGCCUUCAAAAGAAAAGCCAAAGUCCUGUUAUAGGCCAGAGAACAGCUGGUGUUCCAUCUUCACAGCAGAGCGUAUCCUUAGAGUGAACGCAGGUUUAGUCAAAGGAAAGACUAGAAGCUGCUGCUUACUUUGAUCAGUCACAGAGGUGCGAGAUUGUACAUCCAGGACGUUCAAAAGGAAAUCGAUUUCCUUUUGGAAAUAUUUUAUAUUGUGAUGCCUUUGUAAAUGGUUCUUGCUACAGGGUACAACGAUGCACUUCCGUUGGUUGGCACUGUGUUUUUCUUCCUACUAAGAAGUCACCGUGAUUGCAACUACGGAGGCGGUUGCCUUUUUAAAAUUCUGCAUUCCCCCAGCUGCCUCAGCACUGUAUAUUACCCAUAAUACUUAGAUCCAGCUUGCAGGGCAGCUGGAACUCAGCAACCAGGUAGUCAGACCUCCGGGGGACUGUCAGAGCCAAGGUGACAGCUGCAAGCACUUGCUAGAGAGCCUGUCUUCAGUCAUCGCAGGGCGGCUACCGCUCGCUGCCUCACUUGCUCUCUGUACAACUUAUCGGUUGCUUGUUACAGGGUGAGUGUCCUAUGACCACAACUGGAGAACUGGAAAGGGGAUUUCACGGAAAUCCCAUCAUUCCCCCAUGCACAACUUGUGGGCUUUAUUCGGCUUGGAAGAUCACAUGUACUGUGAGCUGUCAGGGGCUCGAAGCUCUCAGGUUUCUGUAGCCCCAAAUCAAGCAGCCAAAAGAAUUUGAUCGAGCCGCUGAUGGCCUGUAGUACAUGGCUGGUAUUCUGCGUUUGGCUUGCUGGGUCUCAAAGUUGCGCAAGCUGGUUCUCCCUAGCAGUUGGGAGUCACCCUGAGUUCUCUGGCCAUGUUGGUUCACAGGCUACUAUUUUGGUCUGGGGCUUUAAUUAUAUAUAUAUAAGAAAUCCACAAUGAAUGUACGUAACUUGCAUUUUGCAUGACUUUUCUUUCCCGGCUCAAAUGAUCUGUUCCAGCCGACUUCGGCUGGAUAUGCAUGCGUGUGCAUCCUGGUUCAUAGUUGGGGGCCAACCUGUGUUCAGACUUGCUCAUUUUGGUUGGGAAAGUUAUACAACCAAGUCACCACUUCAGUCAGUACUGUUAUAUUAGUUGUGUUGCCUUGAAAAGGAAAACAAACAAACAAACAAAUUUUAUUCUGUGUAAUUCUUUGCUUUAAAACAGCAUGUGAUUUUUUAAAAAGAAAAAAAAAACUUACAGUAGUGGUUCUGUUGAGUUUUCCCAUAUUGCAACCAGGAACUUCAUUGUAUAUAGUAAUUAAAAAAAAUAGGUGUCUGGAACACUAGAGGUUUUUUAAUUGAUUUUUUUCCAGUGUGCUCCCCCCCCCCGCCCCCCUUUGCAUGGAUGUUUCUUAAGAGGUCUCAUGCCUUCAGACCUUUUUGCUAAAUUUGUGAAAUAAAUUUGUGAAAUGGUUAACUGUACCCUGGUUUUAUCAAAUUUUUGAUGUCUGCGGCAUUUGGAAUUGUGGGCCGGCAGGGUUGGGGGGGAGGGAGAGCAGGGGAAAAGAACAAGGGGUUUUUCUGUGUUUUUGUACAAUGGUGGGGGAGCAGCUUUUGUGUUAUGCAAAUGAAAAUCUUGAUUAUACAAAA